CCCAGGUGAUGGCGUGUUAGAUAUGAAAGAUUGAUAUGCAGAUAAAGGUCAAGAGUUCUCGUAGAUUCAUACCUGCUAAUGAAUAGUUCGACACAAUAUCUGCAUUAUGUACAAUGCCUGUGUUUUAUAUCACUGCUUCAAAAGAAAGAAAUUGAAGACUAGAACAUGCUCUUACUUACUGGUAUUUCGUCAAAUUGUAUACUAGGUAGAACCAUUGCAUAUACUUUGAAUCUAGUAGAAACGUUCAGUAUUAGCCACAAUGGUGAGAAAAUUAGGCUCCAUCCGCAGCUCCAGGACGAUGUUGUCAUCAUCAUCCCCUACAUCUGCGAGGAGGACACAUUCUUCUCCAUUAAAUUCACAGGUGCAGUCCAAUGACUACGCCUCAUCAGGUGAUAUAAAAAAAGUCUUUUCGAAACCGAGGAGUUUUGUAUCGGCUUCCGCUAUGGUGGAUCAAGUGCGUGUACCCGAAUCUGCAAGGGGUGCAGCUGUAAAUAUUGGGCGAGGUUCUACAACAUAUAUGCCAUGGCGAAGCGGCAAUGAAAGUGCAAAGGAGACUACGCCUACAUCGACCUUAUGCGCGAGAGUAAUAAAAUCUUACAGAGCCUUCAACAACAAAGAGCUAACAGUGAGGGAGGGAGAUAUUGUUCGCAAUGUAGCAGAGGUUGGCCUGAAAGAUUGGCUGAAGGGCAGCGUUGGCGGGAUGGUAGGGUAUUUCCCGGCCUCUCACGUAGUGAUGAUGAUUGCAGAUAGCGUGAAGCAGGGGUUUGGGAACAGUGGGAGUCACUCCAGCACACCGAAUUUGUCCCCCAGCGAUCAACGAAGAGGAUCGCAGACUUCAGUCACUUCCAGCAGUUCGAAUUACAAUACUAGGCUGCCAGCAUCGUCCAUGCCGAGGAACAUAGUAAGCCCUGUCUUCAGCCUACUUAUUCGCGAUAUCUCCUAG